GCUGGGGUUUCCAAACAGAUGCUUUCAGUUCCCUCUGACUCAGCCCAGUCAAGUAGGUGAAACCUCACUUACUCACUCAUAACUCACUGAUCCUUUGAAACACCUUGCAACCUGUUCGAGAGAAGGUCUGAGUUGAAAAUGACUGACCCCAAUAACCCACACCAGCCUCUUCUUGGAGCCGCCGUCCAGCAGACAGCAGUCGAUGUUGGAGCACCAGCCCAGGGUCCCCGCUCCUCUCGGGCCUAUAAGGUGGCAGGAUUUACUUUUUUGGCCUGCGUCCUGAUUGUGAGUCAGGCAGCGAUUGCCUACUUCCUCCUGAGCCAGGGGAGUGACAUCAAAAGUUUGGAGGAGCAGAACCACAAAUUCAACGUGGAGAUGACGCAGGGACGAUCAGUGUCCAUGCCUGGCCGGAAGCACAUGGCCAUGAAUGCCUUGGCCCCAAUGAUGGAUGUCUCUAUGGAUGAGGAGGCCUCAACUGCAGGUCAAGGAAAAACUGCUGGCCCCCUCACCAUUUGCCAGAUGGAGGCGAAAGGUCUGAAGCCCAUGAAGGUCCCAGGUUUCCGCCCCACCUGUGACAAGCGUGGCCUCUACAAGGCCCAGCAGUGCUACAUGGGUCACUGCUGGUGCGUGGACCCCACCACCGGCCAGAUGAUUUCUGAAGGGGCCAAAUGCGCCGCACCCAUCUUCAGUGGUGGCCUUAUCGCCAUGACUGAUGUUGAAACUGAUGCUGAUGCCAAAGUCACUGAAGCUGAUUGAAACCAACAUCACUCCAGCUCCUAAAAGGAUUACAGCUUUGCCAAACAAUAAUCACCAUCAUAUUUGCAUAUUGAUUAAUAUUCUAAAAAUCAUUUAAUUGGUUUUCUAUCAUCUUCCUAUUUACAAUUCUUCUGUACCCCAUAUUACAUGGACAGCAGAGCAUUUUAACUCUGAUUAAUUUUCAAAUGCUAUUAAAGGUUAAGUCCUGCGUGUGCUAUAGAAGAUUUGUGUUAUUCAAAUUGUCAUGUAGAGUUUUGUCACUAUUUAUCUUAGGUGAAAGUGGGAAAUGCUUUUUUCAAGCAAAAUGACUCAUAUUUUGGUACAAUAUUACACACAGACUCUUGAAACAAAUAAACUGCAUUUUUUCCCAUUUAUUGGAAUAACCCAAAUAAAAACUAUCAGAGGA